AUGGCUGAAGAAAAUCAUACCAUGAAAAGUGAGUUUAUCCUGACAGGAUUUACAGAUCACCCAGAAUUGAAGACGCUUCUUUUCUUGGUGUUCCUUGUCAUCUAUCUGAUCACCAUGGUAGGGAACCUUGGCCUGGUGAUAUUGAUUUCAAAAGAGCCUCAUCUUCACAUGCCAAUGUACAUCUUUCUGGGCAACCUCGCUCUUGUGGAUUCUUGCUGUGCCUGUGCCAUUACUCCUAAGAUGUUAGGGAACUUCUUUUCUGAGAACAGAAUGAUUUCUCUCUAUGAAUGCAUGGCACAAUUUUAUUUUCUUUGCACCGUUGAAACUGCAGACUGCUUUCUUCUGGCAUCAAUGGCCUAUGACCGCUAUGUGGCCAUAUGUAGCCCACUACAGUACCACACCAUGAUGUCAAAGAAACUCUGCAUUCAGAUGACCACAGGAGCCUUCAUAGCUGGAAAUCUACAUUCCAUGAUUCAUGUAGGGCUUCUAUUUAGGUUAGCUUUCUGUGGAUCUAAUCACAUCAACCACUUUUACUGUGAUAUUCUUCCUUUAUACAGACUCUCCUGCGUUGACCCUUAUGUCAAUGAACUGGUACUAUUUAUCUUUUCAGGGUCAAUUCAAGUUUUCACCAUAAGCAGUGUCUUAAUAUCUUACCUGUACAUUCUCUUUACUAUUUUCAAAAUGAAAUCCAAAGAAGGAAGGACCAAAGCCUUUUCUACUUGUGCAUCCCACUUUUUGUCUGUUUCAUUAUUCUAUGGAUCCCUUUUUUUCAUGUACAUUAGACCAAAUUUGCUCGAAGAGGGGGAUAAAGAUAUACCAGCUGCUAUUCUGUUUACAAUUGUAGUUCCCUUACUAAAUCCUUUUAUUUAUAGCCUGAGGAAUAAGGAAGUAAUAACUGUCCUGAGAAAAAUUAUGAAGAAAAAAAAAUCUCAUGAAAAUUGGAAACAAAUGACAUCUACUGUAGCUUAGUGAAUUAGAUGUAAGAAACCCUUCCAAGUGAAAUUACAAAGAGAAAAUGCACAAAUUAUAUGUAAAAUACUAAAAUAUAUCAUAAUACAAUCAAUUUAGGAAGC